AUGGCGACGGCGCGGUUGGCCUGGGCCCUGCGGGCCGCCCCUGCGGGCGGGAGGCUGCGCGGCCCCCAAGGCACUGGGGGCGCCCGGAGGCUCAGCGGCAGCACGUGGCGGCGGGCGGCCAGGGGCACCAGCCCGGGACGCCGGCUCAGCACCGCCUGGGCGCCGGCCCAGCCCGCCCAAGAGGAGGCCGAGGGCGCCGUGUACGACAUCCACUCGCCUGCAGCGGAGGAGCCGUCGUGGACACUGCCCCCCGCGCCCCCGGUGUCCCCCGACUCCCCCGGGCCCCCGGCCGGCCGCUCGCUGGUGCAGCGGGACAUCCAGACCUUCCUGAACCAGUGUGGGGCCAGCCCCGGGGAGGCGCGCCACUGGCUCACGCAGUUCCAGACCUGCCACCACUCCGCGGACAGGCCCUUUGCCGUCAUCGAGGUGGACGAGGAGGUGCUCAAGUGCCCUAAGGCCGUAUCCAGCCUGGCCUUCGCCCUGGCCUUCCUGCAGCGCAUGGACAUGAAGCCCCUGGUGGUCCUGGGGCUGCCCGCUCCCACGGCACCCUCGGGCUGUCUUUCCUUCUGGGAGGCCAAGGCACAGCUUGCCCAGAGAUGCAAGGUGCUGGUGGACGCCCUGCGGCAUAAUGCCGCCACUGCCGUGCCUUUUUUUGGCGGCGGGUCGGUGCUGGGCGCUGCUGAGCCAGCCCCUCAUGCCAGCUAUGGCGGCAUCGUCUCGGUGGAGACCGACCUACUACAGUGGUGCCUGGAGUCGAGCAGCAUCCCCAUCCUGUGCCCCAUCGGGGAGACGGCCGCCCGCCGCUCCGUGCUCCUGGACUCACUGGAGGUGACCGCGUCCCUGGCCAAGGCGCUGCGGCCCACCAAAAUCAUCUUCCUCAAUACCACGGGCGGUCUGCACGACAGCAGUAACAAGGUCCUGAGUAACGUGAACUUGCCCGCCGACCUGGACCUAGUGAACAACGCCGAGUGGGUGAGCACCAAAGAACGGCAGCAGAUUCGGCUCAUCGUAGACGUGCUCAGCCGCCUGCCUCACCACUCCUCGGCCGUCAUCACCGACGCCAGCACGCUGCUCACCGAGCUCUUCAGCAACAAGGGGUCCGGGACGCUGUUCAAGAACGCCGAGCGGAUGCUGCGAGUGCGCAGCCUGGACAACCUGGACCAGGGCCUCCUAGUGAACCUGGUCAACGUCAGCUUCGGCAAAAAGCUCCGGGACGACUACUUGGCCUCGCUGCGCCCGAGGUUGCACUCUGUCUACGUCUCUGAGGGGUACAACGCGGCUGCCAUUCUGACCACGGAGCCUGUACUUGGGGGCACCCCGUAUCUAGACAAGUUUGUGGUGAGCUCCAGCCGCCAGGGCCAAGGCUCCGGCCAGAUGCUGUGGGAGCGCCUGCGGCGGGACCUGCAGACGCUUUUCUGGCGCUCCCGGGUCACCAACCCCAUCAAUCCCUGGUACUUCAAGCACAGCGAUGGCAGCUUCUCCAACAAGCAGUGGAUCUUCUUCUGGUUUGGCCUAGCCGACAUCCGGGACUCUUACGAGCUGGUCAACCACGCCAAGGGGCUGCCAGACUCCUUCUGCAAGCCAGCUUCUGACCCAGGCAGCUGA